AUGUGUCAUAUGUGCCUCUUAGCUUCCCGUUCGGGUUCGAGCGGUACAAAUAAUCUACCUCCAUUAUUAUUUCAUCAAGUUCACGGUGACAACAUAAGAUUAUCCGGUGAUAAUUCCGUUGCGAGGAGAGUAGAAAGUUUUUGCAGAGGAGUCGCGUUCAGUAGCCGUCCCGUCAAAGUCAACGAAAAGGUUUUCAUCAAGUUCCUAGAGGUAUCGAACAAUUGGAGCGGAGUCAUACGUUUCGGUUUCACGAGCAACGAUCCGAGCAAUUUGAGAUAUUGUCUCCCGAAAUAUGCUUGCCCGGAUUUAACGAGCAAACCCGGAUAUUGGGCAAAAGCUUUAGCCGAACGUUUCGCCGAAAGGGACACGGUUUUAUACUAUUACGUCACGGCAAUGGGUGACGUUUAUUUCGGUAUAAACGGAGAGGAAAAGGGGAUUUUUUUAUCCGGCGUGGAAACUCGCGGACCCGUUUGGGCUCUCUUCGACGUUUACGGGAAUUCGACGGGAAUCGAAUUGGUCGAUCAAAGGGGUUCCCCAAUGAACAAUUCAAUUCGUAGAAAUUUCUCGAACGGAAGCGGAGACGUGAGUCCGGACGUGGAUUCUCAACUCAUGCCAUCUCUUCAGUCUUUGUCAAUUCAAAACGCAAACCAAAGAAUAAUAGGAUUAGGAUUAGGAGGAGUAGGAUUAGGAGGUGGAUUAGACGUUCAUGGCAAUUCUAGCGCGUUAACCAGAUACCACCAAACCGGAACUGAGUUAACACCGUUUCCUUUUCAUAGGACACGGGGUCGAAACGUUCGUUUGUCGAACGACAGAUGUUUGGCAACGCGAACGGAUACGGAAUUUUGUUUGGGUUACGUUUUCACAUCGAAACCCAUAAUGUUGGGUGAGAAAAUAGUCAUACAAAUCCUCGCGACGGAACCCAUGUACGCGGGAGCUUUGGCAUUCGGUUUGACGUCGUGCGAUCCCGCCAAAUUGCAAAUAUCGGAUCUUCCGGAGGAUUCCAACGCUCUUUUGGAUCGUCCCGAAUAUUGGGUCGUGCACAAGGACGUCGCGAACAGUCCGCAGAGAGGAGACGAACUCGCGUUCAGCGUUCUCUCGACGGGCGAAGUACAAUUUUCGAAAAACGGUGAAGAGCCCGUCGUUUUCAUGCACGUGGAUCAAACGUUGCAACUCUGGGCAUUUUUCGACAUUUACGGAACGACUCAAAAGAUAAGAAUAUUGGGUUCGAUACCGACGACGUGUUCGACGACGAUAUCAUCGAAUCCGUCGUGGCAAAGAAUGGUCGAUCCGUCGAACAGGAGAUCACGCGUAAGUUCCAUUUAUUCCGGAGAAUCGUCACAGUUGACGACGACGACGACGACGACGCCGACGCCGACGCCGACGAGUGGAACCGGACAAAAUUCAUCCGUUCAUCAAAAAAACAAUCAAACAAACGGUGUUGCUCACAGACAUUGUUGCCUACCCGGGAGUAACAGUUCGACUCCGGCGGAAAUUGUUCAAUUUCAACCACCCGUCGGCGGCGGCACUGUACUCGUCGUGAACCUUCCUCCUGCUCAUUCGAAUUUUAUUAAUCAUCAACAACAGCAACAGCAACGAUCACCGUCGAGGCCGUCAUCGUCACUCGCGGCUUUCGGAAGCAAUCAUCAUAACACUCACGAAUUACACAAAUCUCAUUCCAACGGUUUCAACAGGUUGCCAACAGUCUCAUCGGGAACACUCGUUUCAAAUUAUACCAAUACCUACAUAGAUCCGAUUUCAUCGAGUAGUAGUUACCAAUCGACGAUUGACACGACGAGUCAAUGGAGCGACAACGAGUCGGGAACGGCAGGAAUCACAAAUUCCGAAUGUUCCAUAUGCUACGAACGGUCCAUAGACAGCGUUUUGUACAUGUGCGGUCACAUGUGCAUGUGUUACGAAUGCGCCGUACAACAGUGGCGAGGUAAGGGAGGCGGUCAUUGUCCUCUAUGUCGUGCUACGAUACGGGACGUUAUCAGAACGUAUAAAUCCUGA